AUUACGUGCACAUUUAACCGAUUUUAAUUGCAAAUUUGUAAAAAGCUGCGUGCUGUCACUGGGCUGUCAGACAGUGAGGAGAUGGUCAGCUGAUGAGUCCCGAUGCUUUCAUUUCAGGAUGCCUGACUUUGGCACAGAAUCAAAUCCCUCCACAGAGACUUAUAAGCAGGGAUCAGCUGGUGAAAGUGCUUUUAAAAAACGACUCGGUAUUAUUGCAACUUGUGUCGUCGGAGGGUCAUUGGUCGCUCUGUAUGCAGUGACUGGACCGUUUGUUGCACCAGCACUGAGGAAAGUAUGUCUCCCAUUUGUACCUGCAACAAGGACACAGAUUGAAAACGUUCUUAAGGUUUUGAAAACUAGAUCAGGGUCUCUGGUGGAUAGCGGCAGCGGAGAUGGACGAAUAGUUAUCGCUGCAGCAAAAAGUGGCUUCAAGGCAGUAGGAUUUGAGCUGAACCCAUGGCUGGUCUGGUACUCCCGUUACAAAGCCUGGAGGGAAGGUGUUCAUCACAACACAUCUUUUUAUAUUUCUGACCUUUGGAAGGUCAAUUUUUCAGAGUACUCCAACAUGGUCAUCUUUGGGGUUCCUCAAAUGAUGGAGCAGCUUGAAGUCAAGCUCCAAAGAGAGCUCCAGAGUUCAGCCAAAUUAGUAGCUUGUCGCUUUCCAUUUCCCACUUGGACUCCUGAUGAUGUCGCUGGAGAGGGAAUUGAUACUGUUUGGGUUUAUAAUGCCAAGACAUUCAAACCUCCCAUCAGAAAUGAUAAAGACAGUGAAAGACAAGAACUAGCGACAAACUAGGGAAACUAAUUUCUUUAAAGAGGCAUUUCUUUCUUUACAAUAUUGACAAACAUUUUGUCUCUCAUGUAAGCUUGAAAAAUGCAACCUAUUUUGGUUGCAUAUUGUUCCUAAUUAAAUAUCCCUUUGUUUUAGUAAAGAAAAUAAGAAUC